AUGCAGACUCGAGACGCAGGGACUGGUGGUGGCGCUCGUGUAUCUGGUGGGAGACUGGGUGGACCCGAGACGCAGGGACUGGUGGUGGCGCUCGUGUACCUGGUGGUAACCAUUCUCUUCCAGCACUUCUACUUCACGCCUGACUCGCCUGUGAGUGCCUCCCCAGGCCAAUUUUCAGCCCUCGCGUGCAUCUUCUACAUGGCCUUUUUGGGCUUCAUUCCUCUUCUCUCCCUGCUCCCUAACGCUCCCCUCCAGUGGCUGCUCGAGUACAACGCGGCUCUGGCCUGCAUCUGCUACAUGGCCUUCCUUGGAUUCAUGGACGAUUGGCUGCUCGAGUACAACGCGGCUCUGGCCUACAUCUGCUACAUGGCCUUCCUGGGCUUUAUUGACGAUGUGCUCGACAUCCCCUGGCGCGUCUCGUCCUCCCCUCAAUCGCCGCCCUGCCUCUCUUCCUAUUCCGGCCACACCACCAUUGUCAUCCCCAAGCCCUGUGGUCGCUCUCACCCACCCAAGCCAUAUGCUUGUCCCUCCCCUUUCCCCCUCCCCCCCUGCAGAAAGCUCAUUCUCCCGUCGAUCGCAGCACAGCCUCUCCUCAUCCCCAAGCCGCUGCGGCCGCUGCUGGCAGGGCUGGCAGGCGAGGAGGUGGCCGUGUGGGACCUGGGCGUGCUGUACAAGGUCUACAUGGGCAUGCUCGUCAUCUCGUCUCCCCCCCUCCAAACCUCAUGCUGUUUCCCCCACUUCCCGCCCCUUCUCGCCCCCUUUCCCGCCCCUUCCCGCCCCUUCCCGCCCCCUUUCCUGCCCUUUCCCGCCCCUUCCUUCCCCCUUUCCCGCCCCCACCUCCUUCUUUUUCUCCCCUGCAGCAAACUCAUUCUGCCGUCUAUCGCGGCACCGCCUCUCCUGAUGGCCUAUUCAGGCCACACCACCAUCGUCAUUCCCAAGCCGCUGCGGCCGCUGCUGGCGGGGCUGGCGGGCGAGGAGGUGCCCGUGUGGGACCUGGGCGUGCUGUACAAGGUCUACAUGGGCAUGCUCGUUGUCUUUUGCUCCAACUCCAUUAACAUAUUGGCAGGAGUGAAUGGCUUGGAGGCGGGACAGACUGCUGUCAUUGCUGCCUCGGUGCUGCUCUUCAACAUCUGGCAAAUCGGCGAGCUUCCGGGCUUUAAGCUGCCACUGCAGCCGGACAUGCAACAGGCCCACCUCUUCUCCAUCUACCUCAUCCUGCCCCUCCUGGCCUGCACACUUGCACUCCUCGUCUUCAACUGGUACCCCUCGCAGGUCUUUGUGGGUGACACGUUCACGUACUUUGCUGGAAUGACACUGGCUGUGGUCGGCAUUAUGGGCCACUUCAGUGAGACUCUUCUGUUGCUCUUCCUACCUCAGGUCAUCAAUUUCAUCUACUCUCUUCCCCAGCUCUUCAAGUACGUGCCGUGCCCAAGACAUCGCCUGCCCAA